AUGUCGGAGAACGCUCAGCUCCGGCCGUCCUACUUUGUGCGGCUGCAGGAGAACGAGUACCCGGGGGAAGCUCCUUCCAACUUCACGGAGCCGCCAGAGUGCGCUUGCUUCUACGUGGAAGGGACAGGAGGAUGCAAGGCCGACUGCGGGAACCGGAAGCUCCGGGUACAGUGCAACGCGGAGACUUGCCCUUGCGGGGAGAACUGUACCAACAUCCUGUUCAGGGCCAACGUGAAGGGGCAGGUGGUGAAGCCGUUCCAGCGGGCCAUCCGACUCGGCGUGUUCAACCACCCCAACAAGGGCUGGGCCCUCAAGACUCUGGAGGACGUGAGCAAGGGGCGGAUGCUGGAGGAAGUCCUGGGAGAGGUGCUGACCCUUGCUGAAUGUGCUUCACGGCUGCAAACGCCAAAGAGGAGGGCGGCAGCCAAGACGUCAGGCUCUCACUUCCUGAUCUCCCUUGACAGGGAGCAGGUGGGAGAGGAGAUGCUGUACCUAGACCUGACUGAGAAAUCCUCGCUCUCGCGGUUCGCGAAUCAUUCCUCUACCCCAAACUGCGAGUUGCAGAUCUGGAAUGUGUUUGGGGAGAAGCGAGUGGGGCUGUUUGCUCUUAAGGACAUCAAGAAGGACUCGGAGAUCACGCUUGACUACGGCGAAACUCACGUCGGAGACAAGGGCAUCGAGAACCAUUGU